AUGCCACUUGUCAUUCUCAGCGGACUGCCCACGAGCGGGAAAACAACCAGGGCACAGGAACUAAAGACAUUCUUCGAAACAAGACUGGCAGCACAGGCUCAGGCACAGGAUGAUUCAGCACCAAAGACCAAGGACUACCGGAUUCACAUUGUCAACGACGAGUCGCUGAAUCUCAACAAGCACGUCUCCUACAACACUGCUGCGGACGAAAAGAAGGCCCGAGGCGCGCUCAUGUCGGCAGUCGAGAGACUUCUUUCCAAAGAUGAUAUCGUCAUUGUUGACAGUUUGAACUACAUCAAGGGCUUUCGGUAUCAGCUUUACUGCGUUGCGCGAGCCAUUGGAACGCCCCAUUGCGUGGUAUUCUGCGCUUGUAUCCCCGACAGAGCAAGAGCAUGGAACAAGGAGUCGGGAGCAUACCCAGAGACGAUAUUCGAGGAAUUGUUGGUCAGAUUCGAGGAACCAGACUCAAGGACACGGUGGGACUCACCUCUUUUCGUCAUGGUACCAGAAGAUAAAUUGCCCGAGGAUGAGAUCUGGGACUCUGUCAUCUUGAAAAAGGCGAAGCCUCCAAACAUGUCCACCGUUGUGAAAGUCGUGAAGGAAACCAACUACCUGUAUGAGUUUGAUCAGACGACGCAGAAUGUGAUUCAGGCUAUCCUCGACGCCCAAAAGUCUGGAGAUCCAACUAAGCAGAUCAAGGCGCCACUUUCGUCCAUUCUUUUGCAGCUUCCACCAACGCGGGUGGUUACUUUGAGCGAGCUGAGGAGGUUGCGUCGACAGUUCACGUCGAUCAACAAGAUGCACACCUUGCUCGAUAUGACUAGAGUAGCCGAGGGCUUUGUAGAAUAUCUCAACCAAAACCUAAACGCAUAG